AUGAUCGCAAAAGAAUUUCAACCUUUUAAUCUUGUUGAAAACAUAGAAUUUAGAAAAUUUGUUAAAAUGCUAAAUCCUAGUUAUUCAAUUCCUUCAAGAAAAACAGUUUCUAAGUCUAUCAUACCACAGUUACUAGAAAAAACUAAGCAAAAAUGGGAAAUAUCAGAAAAAAUAGAAAUUGCCGUUACUGAUAAUGCAGCUAAUAUUACGAGUGCUAUAAAUUUAAAUAAAAAAUUGUGUCAUAUUCCAUGCUUAGCACACACCAUUAAUUUAAUCGCCCAAAGUGGGUUAGUGGACAUAAAAAAUGUUCACAAAAAAGUUAAGAGUAUCGUAGAAUUUUUUAAACGAUCAACAAAAUCUUAUGUUAAAUUGAAACAAGCGCAAACACAAAUGGGUCCUCCUUUACUUAAGUUAAUACAAGAUGUUGCUACACGCUGGAACAGUACGUACGAUAUGUUUCAAAGGUGUAUUGAUAUUAAAGAGCCUUUAAUAUCUACAUUAGCGAAUAUUGGUAACGUCGAAAAUUUAUCACCUGAUGAUUUUGAUAUAAUGGAACAUUAUUGCAGUAUUUUUAAGCCCUUUAAAGAAAUGACGAAAAAAGAAGAAGCCAAUUUACCGUCUGCCAUAUAUUAUAUGCUUAUAACAAUGGAGAAUAAAGCAGAAAAAAAAUUUGAAGGGAUUGAAGAACAACCAGUUUUGACAGAAGCAACAAUCUUAGACCCAAGAUUCAAAAAGAGAGGUUUUAGUAAAACAACAUCAUAUCAACGCGCAUAUCAGAAAAUUAUUCAAAGUAUUUCAACAAUCAUUCAGUCAAAAAAAAAUAAUGUAUCAGAAGACGAAGUAAAUGAUAUUCAAGAAAAUACAAAUGAAAACGAACAGUUUGACAUCUGGAAAGACUUCGAUUUACAGCAACUACAAUUACCACUCCAAGAUCCGAAGCAAUUGUUGAAUUGGACAAAUAUUUUAAAUGAGCCAUUGCUGGAUAGGAAAUCGGAUCCAUUAAUGUGGUGGAAAGAAAUGAAAAGGAUUUAUCCCAAUUUAUUCCAGCUUGCGUUGUUGAGAUUGUGUGUACCCUCAACUUCAGUACCAUGA